GAAGGGGACCCUCCAGGAGUACGCAAGCAUCACCAGCCUGGUGCAGGAGGAGAUGGUGACGGUACACCAAGCCAUGGGCAGAGCCAUUGAGCGCCUCCGCCCGGACGUGGAAUAUGAAGGAUUCAUCCCCAGUGGCAGGUGUGGGAACGAGGCCCCUGCUGUUGGGCGCAAGAGGUCCAUCUCUGGGGAGAUCCACUCCAGCCUCAUGGAGCACAGAUCAGGGCUCAGCACUUUGGGUGGGAGAGAAGAGGCUAAUGAUUUGGGCAGCCUCACCUCGCUGGAGGAGGAGCUGGCCAACGCCACAGAGAGCACCCAAGGUCACCAGCAGCGCACCCAGAUUCUAAAGGCUGAAAUCCAGAAGGAAAGAGGCAGCUGUGAGCCCUGGAGAACCGGUGAGGAUCCUGCUCCUGGGGAAAGCGCCAGGCCUUGCAUGAAGCCCAGCACCAAAGCCCACCUGGCCCAGGGCACGCAGGACAAGCUUCAGGCACAGCGGGAUUUGCUGUGGCACAGGCUGGACAAGCUGGGAACCCGUGAGCCUCCGCCUGCUCCAGCCCUGCAGGAGGACAAUCAAUCGGUGUCGUCUGGGGAGGCGGAGCGUGAUGGGGGUCGGAUCCCGGCCUUGGAGGUCCUGAAGCAACACUUCUCAGGCAUCUUCCGACCACGUCUCACACUGCCGCCCCCAGUGCCCCUCCUGCCUGAGGUGCAGAAGCCCCUGGGCCAGCAAGCCUGGUACCACGGCGCCAUCCCCCGCAUGGAGGUGCAGAGGCUGCUGCAGGCCAGCGGAGACUUCCUGGUGCGCGAGAGCCAAGGCAAGCAGGAGUACGUCCUCUCAGUCUUGUGGGAUGCUCAGCCUCGGCAUUUCAUCCUCCAAUCUGCUGAUAACAUGUAUCGCUUGGAGGGCGAAGCUUUUCCCACCAUUCCGCUGCUGAUUGACCAUUUCCUGAAGACCAAACAGCCCAUCACCAAAAAGAGUGGUGUUGUCUUGGGAAAGCCCAUCAUCAAGGACAAGUGGGUGUUAGACCAUGAAGACGUGCUGCUUGGGGAGCGCAUCGGGGGCAACUUUGGAGAGGUGUUCAGUGGGCGCCUCCGCUGUGACAACACCCCGGUGGCUGUGAAGUCCUGCCGUGAAACUCUCCCGCCAGAGCUCAAGGCCCGAUUCCUGCAAGAGGCCAGGAUCCUCAAGCAAUACAACCACCCAAAUAUUGUCCGGCUCAUUGGUGUCUGCACCCAGAAGCACCCCAUUUACAUUGUCAUGGAGCUAGUUCAGGGGGGUGACUUCUUGUCUUUCCUGCGGAAUGAGGGAGCUCAGCUCAGAGUCAAGGACCUGCUCAAGAUGAUGGAGAAUGCGGCAGCAGGCAUGGAGUACCUCGCCAGCAAGCACUGCAUCCACCGGGACCUGGCGGCCCGGAACUGUCUCGUGACAGAAAAGAACGCCCUGAAGAUCAGUGACUUUGGGAUGUCGCGGGAGCAGGAGGACGGCAUUUACGCCUCCACUGGUGGCAUGAAACAGAUCCCUGUGAAGUGGACAGCCCCAGAGGCACUCAGUCACGGCCGGUACUCCUCAGAGAGUGAUGUUUGGAGCUUUGGGAUCUUGCUCUGGGAAGCCUUCAGCCUGGGAGCCACACCGUACCCCAACAUGACCAACCAUCAGACCCGCGAGGCUGUGGAGAAGGGAAUGCGCCUGAGCAUCCCAGACUUGUGCCCUGAGGUGGUAUACCAGCUCAUGCAGAAAUGCUGGGAAUAUGAGCCACAGAACCGGCCGAGCUUCAGCACCAUUCACCAAGAGCUGGUUGUCAUUCUGAAGAAGCAGCGGUGAGAGAACUAGCUCCAGAAUCCACUGGGUGGCAGCAGGGGUGGCAACCAUCUCCUGCACCAAGGCUGCACCCACUUGACCUCCUGCCGAGCCUGCAACCUUCUUGCAAAACCUUUGCUCUUGGCAUCCCUU